GCUCUGUUUGGGACAGCCAUAUGUCGCUCAAUCAGUAUUAUCUGUCCGGAACAGGAGCUCAUAAAUCCCUGUUCCUGUGACUACGAGUCCAAGACUUACACAAAACUCCUAAGAAUCCAAUGUCUGGGCGACGAAGAGUUAGAUCUGAUCCGUGUGUUCAAGAAUCUGAGUGAAGCCCUGGAAGGGAUGGGCAAAGAAUUGGACGAAUUCUACUUAAACAACACCAGAAUCACGGAAUUACCGCAAAAUGUUUUCUCAGACAUUAAGUUCGCAUUCAUUCGCAUAGAGGAGGCCUCCCGUCUCACUCGCAUUCACAGGAAUGCGUUCAACGGAACUCAUAAUAGCAUCACAUCUCUGCAUAUAUCCAAUACA